GCUCCCCUUUCACGUGACGGGGGUCUGAGGCAAAAAAAAAAACACGGAGCUUAUAUCCCAUCGUCCUCUGCGAGCGCUCUCUCUUUCCUCGAACCAACAUGUCAAAGAGAGGACGUGGUGGUUCGUCCGGGGCGAAGUUUCGCAUCUCCCUGGGUCUCCCCGUGGGAGCCGUGAUCAACUGCGCUGACAACACAGGUGCCAAGAACCUGUACAUCAUCUCCGUUAAGGGGAUCAAGGGGCGCCUGAACAGGCUGCCAGCAGCAGGAGUGGGUGACAUGGUCAUGGCUACUGUGAAGAAAGGCAAGCCUGAACUCAGAAAAAAGGUGCAUCCUGCGGUGGUGAUACGGCAACGGAAAUCGUACAGGAGAAAAGACGGGGUGUUCCUUUACUUCGAAGACAAUGCGGGGGUCAUCGUAAAUAACAAAGGAGAAAUGAAAGGUUCUGCGAUCACAGGUCCUGUUGCUAAGGAGUGUGCAGACUUGUGGCCCAGGAUUGCUUCAAAUGCGGGCAGCAUUGCUUAAACAAACAAAUUUAAUAAAAUGUGCUUCAAAAAAACCUGGUCAAAGCUCUCUUCUUUU